UUAUUCCUAACCCCUGACAGGAAGGGCCGGUGUUUACAGUCACGAGUCACGAUACAGGAAGAUCUGGCGAGGGAGAACAGAGUCUCAGUAGCUUUCAAAACAAAAAUGAAACCAACUCACAUGUUAUAAACUAAUAUAUUAUUGAUGUAUAUAGAAAUCAAAGUGCUGUGUUGCCAGUGAAAUGGGUUCAGAGAGCAGUGCUCUUAAGAGCUGCACAUUGGAAGAACCCCUUCUGACACUGCCAUCUGGACUCACAAUCUACCCGGCUGUCUUGGAGGAUCGAAAGCUUGUCUCAGUCUUUGUAUACAAGCAAGAAAAUGAGGAUAAGGUCAACAAAGCUGCCAAGCAUCUGAAAACCCUGCGCCACCCCUGCCUGCUGCGCUUCUUGUCCUGUACUGUUGUAGCUGAUGGGAUCCACUUGGUGACGGAGCGCGUUCAGCCCCUGGAGCUGGUGCUUGAGAGCCUCUCUGCAGAAGAAAUCUGUGCCGGGAUCUACGACAUAUUACAAGCGCUAGUCUUCCUUCAUGACCGAGGUAAAUCAAGUCACAAUAAUGUGUGCAUCUCAUCAGUCUUUGUGAGUGAAGAUGGCCACUGGAAGCUUGGAGGAAUGGAGACAGUUUGCAAAUUCUCAGAAGCUUCCCCUGAGUUCCUAACCAACAUUCGGACUGUGAGAGAACAAAAUGCUAUUCCACCUGAGGAAAAGGCUGAAGGCUUUAAGACUCUGCCUGACAAAAAUGGACAUGCUCGAGAUGCCUAUUCGUUUGGAGGAAUGGUCGAAAACUUUCUGCCAAUGCUGAGUGAUUAUGUUUCUGAAGAGCUGGCAACAGGCUUCCAGUGCACCCUUCGGAGUAACUUUCUGAACCCUGAUCCUUCAGCUCGGUUACCCCUUUGCAGCCUUUUGUCCCACAAUUUUUUCAGGAAUGAAUUCUUGGAAAUCGUGAACUUCCUGAAGAGCUUGACUUUAAAAACUGAAGAGGAAAAGAAUGAAUUUUUCAAAUUUCUCCUGGACAGAGUUCAGACACUGCCUGAGGAGCUGAUUGCUACUCGACUUGCCCAUAAGCUGUUGAAUCCGUUGGUAUUUGCGGAGCCUAUAGCAGUCAAAGGUUUCCUUCCCCAUCUCCUCAUGCCAAAGAAAGAUCCAGUUGGUAGCAGCCAGGAUUGCCUCCUGUCGGUGUCUCUUUACCGUAAACAUGUAAUCCCCCAGCUGCUGAAACUCUUUAAAGUUCAUGAGGAGCAUGUUAGGAUUGCAUUGCUAUCCCACAUUGAAUUAUAUGCUGAACUUUUUUCACAUGAUGAUCUUAAGAACCAGAUACUACCACAGGUGUUACUUGGAAUGAGAGACACUAAUGAUUGCCUUGUAGCUAUGACCCUCCAGAGCUUGGCAGUGCUAGUACCCUUGCUUGGAGCUGAGGUAGUAGUUGGUGGAGGAAGAACAAAGGUCUUCAAACGUACAACGCCCAACUUCACAACAGAUGCCACACCUGAAAGUUCUCCGGUUCACGUUAUUAAUAGCUUGAAAACACUGGUGUUCCAGCCAUCAAAAAACACAAGGAAGCUGCAUUCAAAACUGUCUGAAACAAAAGAGCUAGUCCUGGGAAACAUGGCUUCCCUGGAGCAAGCGGAGCUGUCUGCACAUCUUCAAGUGCCAGCUAAAACCGGUAGGAAACCUGAUAUGAAAUUGUCAUUAAACGGUUAUACUGACAAAAGUGCUGUUGCCAUUGUUGGCGAGGAGGAUGAGCAAAAGAUUGCUAGGACUGUGGAAGAAUGGCCAGAUUGGAGUGAUGCUGAAGAGACAGAAAAAGAGAAAAUUGUAGAAAUACAUAUUUGUUCUGAAGAAAGCCAGAUAAGAGAUAGCAACCAUAUCAGCAAAGCUGAACCUUGGGAUGACUUUGAGACGUAUAGCAAGGUUUCGAAAAAUACAGACAAUCUUUCUACUUUUACGUCAACAUUAGACGCAACAAGUGAAAUCAGCCAAUCUUCUGAACCCACAAGGCAAUCCAAUACCCUGAAGCUCAGUUCAGCACAAAAAACAAGAUCUGAGAACACCUUAGAUUCCGGGACCAAUGUCUGGAACCAGAAUCAGGUAUCACCACUGGAGACACAACAGCUCCCCAUGAAACCACAUCCAGUAAAAAAAACUUCAGGUGCUGGUUUAGGAGAAGAAUUCACAAUAGACAUAAAAAAGAAGCCAGAGAAAGAUCCUGAACUGGACUUCUUUGCAGACAUGAUUCCAGAUAUUAAAUUGUCUUCUGCAGCAUUGUUGGUUAUACCUGAAAGGACAGCACCAGCUGAGAUUGAUACAUCACUAAACAUGCUUGCAUCAAAGUUUGCUGCUGAUUUGACUGAAACAGAUGCUGCAGGAUGGGGAGACGAUGAUGACCUAAACUGGGAAGAUGAGAACAACUGGUGAGAGUAUGUGCGCCAUACAGUACAUUAAGUCAUACCCAGAGCCAGGACAUUGCACUUUAAGUCAUGAAGUCCCGUAAAUAAGAAAAUGACUUAGCAGGGCAUUAUUAGACAUACUGCUUCAUAAUGCUUACUGUUGCAAUUCUUUCACUCAGUGAGCUGCUGCUGCUGCACAUGGGCCAAGUUAGUGCACAGUAACAAGUAAUCCUUCCAUUGAAAGAAAGCAUCUCAUUUCUCGUUGUUAAUGACAGGAACUUAAAUCUCAAGAUGGAUUUGAUAGUGAGUGUAUUCAGUGUAAGGCCAAAUUGUAAUGUUUUAAAAGUGCUCACUUUCUUAUUAUUUUUUUUUUUUUAAUUACUACUUUAAUUUGUGCCAGACAGGUCAAUAAGGUAGACUGUUGGUUGACCCAUUGAGUCUAAUCACUUUAAAUUUGGAUAUUUAUCUACUAAAAUAGGAUAAAGACAAUUCAACAAUAUCUAAUCUUGGUGGCUUGCACAUUUUUAGGGUGUUUGAAAAUGAUAAUGCUGGAGUGGAACUUUAGAACCAGUGGUGAAAAAAGAGCUAUUAUUAGCACAUAGAUAUAUAUGAGCUUUAUGUGUUUUUUGUGCCAUAUUAUUUCUUUUGCAUUAAUCACAGAAUAAGCUCUAGUUUGUUUCCAAAGUGAAAAAGACUGUAUAUUUUUAACUUGGGGAGAAAUGUCCCUCUAUAAUUUAUUAAUGUUUACUGUUGAUGGAAUAAAUGAUUCUACCCAACUUGCUUCCUUUGACUUGAUGUGGAACUAAAAAAAACAAAUGCUUGCUAUUUAAAGAUUGUAUGUAGAAUAGGUCCAUUCAACAUUAUUUUUUACAGUUCUGUCCUUUUUGUGAGCAGGUUGAAAGUAAUACAUUUGUUGUUUAAAUUGUUUCAUACAUACUGUAGGUUAAACUUUUAUGUAGGGAAAUCAUUUACAGGAGCAGCUAUUGUACAAAUACAGUACUUUGCCAUCAGAGUCCUCCUUACUGGGAGCCGUGUCUUUAUUUCUGUAGUAAACUGAUUAAUAAUGUUAGCUCACUUACAAUACAGCAACUGGUUUUCCAACCACGUAAACAGUAUUAGUAUACACUGUAAUGUAAUUCUAGGAUUUGUUCCCUGACAUUUGCAAUUCUUAUAAAGAAAAGCAAGAAGCACAAUAUCAUAAUCUAAUGAUCCUACAGGGUACCACAUUUUAGAUGCAACUAUUAAACAAGAGAUGCAUUAAUUUAUUGCAGAAUCUAAAAACAAAUGCAUAUAGUGUGGAGUAGUGGUUAGGGCUCUGGAUUGUAUGUAAAAAUAAUGUGAUGUCUUGUAACAAUUGAAAGUCGCCCUGGAUAAGGACGUCUGCUAAGAAAUAAAUAAAUAAAUAUAAAUAAGCAGUCAGGUACAUACAUAUGUGUACAUUUUGCACCACUGUUAACCAAAACUAUUGUAAACACAACUGUAGUUGUAUAUGUACUUAAAAGAAAAAAAAAAGUACAAUUUAUGUGGGAACACUUAAAUAUCUUAGAGUUUCUGUGCAAGAUUCACUACAAUCGUUGCAAUUUGCAGCUGUUUAAACUGUACCUGUGUCACAAGCCCCUGUAAUCUGGCUGCCAUCCAGUUUGGGGCUGGAGUCUGCUGAAGCAAUGACUGCAGCAUUUUCAAAGCAUGUUCUGCUCUAUGCAGCACCUUCUCAAACUCCUCCUCUUCAGGGGUCUCCUGUCAAACUCGCUUACGGUAGGCCUGAGAUAGGAAAGAAAUCAAAAAACAACCGUGACAUUUAUUCACAAAUACAUAGAUAUGGCAGCUUCAC